AAAAAAAACAUUAGAGUUUAGUUCCUGCCUGAUGACGUAGUGCUGCCCUCACCUUGGCAACCAGGAAGUGAUUGACACACACCCAGAGGAGGAAACCGAAACACACUUUACUCAACUCUUACCGGUUCAGGUCAACGCAGCCUGGGAUGUUGAAAUGAAGUUUGAUGAAAAAGUUGCCACCACCUAUUUUGAAUCUAGCGCCUCACCUGUGGACAAAGAAGGCUACCUCCACAAGAAGGGCGAGAUAAAGACUUCCUAUCAGAAGCGCUGGUGCGUGCUGAAGGGGAACCUCCUCUUCUACAAGGACCGGCCGGCCGACCGGGACGUGACGGGAGUGAUUGUUCUGGAGGGUUGCACCGUCCAGCUGUGCGAGUCCGAGGAGCAGUUUGCCUUCUCGCUGGUGUGGAGCGAGCCGGGACUGCGGACGUACAAGUUUGCUGCCGAGGACCAGGAGAGUCUGGAGAGCUGGAUCAAAGCCCUAUUGUCAGCCAACCACAGCUACCUGGCCGUGCUGGUGAUGGAUCUGGAGAAGAAGUACAAAGAUGCAUUAGGCGAGUUCCCCAGUAAACCAGGCAACCCUUUCGUCAUGCCAAAUUUCAACACAGCAGAAGCAGGAUAUCCUGCAGCCUUCCAGAGCACACGGUCUUCAACGCCACCGGCGUAUCCAGCAGCAGCAGCAGCUGUGGCGGCAGGAAUCAGUCUGAGCUCCAAUCAGAUGCUCCUAACUCCGACCACUCCGUCCAAGUCAGCCAGUAAGAGAUCACCCAAACUCUGGCCCAAGAGGAGCGCCAACGUGGUGCCCGUUAACACUCCUGCUCCGCAUUUGGGGGAGUGGUCCGGGCUGUGUCUAAGCACCAAGGAGGAGUUCACCAAAUUGCAUGAAGAUUAUGGAAAAGAGGUGAAGGAACUGAUUGCUGAUUGGUCAAAGAGGGGACGAGGUGAGGAAGCUGUCGAGGGCGGAAACUUAAUAGAUUUUGGAUAAAAAGGGGGAAGUGUAUACGACUUCAUUUUACCUGCGGUUGCAUUGCAAAGCUAUUUUGUAAAUAGGAAUUUGAGCUACAACAAUUAUUAUUGGGAUAUAUUUGUAUAUAUUUGUUGUUCAAGAACAUACUGUUUAUUUUUUACUCAUGCCAUAGAGUCAAUAAAUGAUCUCAUGCUUUAUUGA